UGGUACCAGAGUUCCCGUGAAGUUCCAGGAGCAGCUGGAGCAGAGAAAACCUGCAAGGACCCGCUAAUAAUCUCCGGACACGCAGACCUUGAAAUCAGCCCUCAAGAGAUGACAGAGGCCAUGUUUGGGACAGGGAAUGAUCAGUGGGUCUGUCCCAACGACCGGCAGCUGGCCCUUCGAGCCAAGCUGCAGACAGGCUGGUCGGUGCACACCUUCCGUACAGAUCGACAGAGGAAAAGCCAGAUGCUGGAGCAGCAGGAGGUGGAGAUCAUCCUUAGUGUCAUCCGCAGGGCUGAGCAACUUGAGCAGAUUGAGCAGCUCCGCAUCGGGAGGCUGGUGGAGCGUCUGGACAACAUGAAGAAGAGUGCGCUGGGGAACGGCCUGUCCCAGUGCCUGCUGUGUGGGGAGGUCCUGGGCCUCCUGGGAAACCCCUCCAUCUUCUGUCAGGACUGCUGUAAGAAAGCAUGCACCAAAUGUGGCAUUGAGACCCAUUGCAGUCAGAAGACAACCCAGUGGCUGUGCAAGAUCUGCAGUGAACACAGAGAGGUGUGGAAGCGCUCUGGAGCCUGGUUCUACAAGGCCCUGCCCAAUUACGUGCGCCCAGGGAAGGAGGGGCAGAGUGGUGCAUUUCUCGGACUGCAAGGGGCCCACAGAGGAGGGCAGAAGAUGGCCAAGAGUUCCACAGUCAGUCAGACCUACACGUGGGCAUACAGCAAAGUGGUGUCUAGUGGCAGCGAGUCGGACCACAGUGAGGGCAGCGUGGAGAGCAAGGUGUCCGGCCCCGGUCUGCAUGAGGGCAAGCAGCGCCCCGACUCAGUGUUUAAUGUGGGGCCGAUCAGGACCCCCACUGGGCUGGGCUGGUGCCCACAUGGCAGCCUGCUGUCAGAGAGCCACUCCAGCCUAGCCAGCGAGCCUCCCCACAGCACCGCCCCCCUAGCAGCCCCACCUGAGGACUACGACACAGAGCACAGCCGGCCCUCCUCUAUACCCCCCGUCCUCAUCCGGGCCAGCUCGCUGCGCUCGUCCUCGGCCAGCCACAACUCUGGGGAUGACCCGGCAUGCUCCCACACCGAUGACGACCCAGGCCGGGCCUUUGGCGGCGCUGCCGCCGCCCUGUCACACGCAGCGACCGGCAAGAAGGAGGAGGAGCCGGACAUGGAAGGCUAUGACUCUGACGACUCAACUACGUUGGGGACCCUGGACUUCAGUUUACUGUAUGACCAGGAGAACAAUGCUCUGCACUGUACCAUCAACAAAGCCAAGGGGCUCAAACCCAUGGACCACAACGGGCUCUCGGAUCCGUAUGUCAAACUGCACCUACUGCCUGGGGCCAGUAAGGCCAAUAAACUUCGCACCAAGACCCUGCGCAACACCCUCAACCCUGUCUGGAGUGAGACCCUGACCUACUACGGCAUCACCGAUGAGGAUAUGGUCCGCAAAACACUUAGGAUUUCAGUGUGUGAUGAGGACAAGUUCCGCCACAAUGAGUUCAUCGGUGAGACGCGCAUCCCCCUCAAGAAACUCAAGCCCAACCAGACCAAGAACUUCUACAACUGCCUGGAGAAACAGCUACCUGUUGACAAGACAGACGACAAGUCCCUGGAGGAACGAGGGCGCAUCAUGAUCUCCCUCAAGUACAGCUCCCAGAAGUCUGGCCUGGUGGUGGGCAUCGUCCGCUGUGCCCACCUUGCCGCCAUGGACGCAAACGGUUUCUCAGACCCCUAUGUCAAAACGUACCUGAAGCCUGACGAGAACAAAAAGUCAAAACACAAGACUGCUGUCAAGAAGAAGACCCUUAACCCAGAGUUUAACGAGGAGUUCUUCUACGAAAUCAAAUACGCCGACCUCAGCAAGAAAACCCUGGAGGUAACCGUGUGGGAUUACGACAUCGGCAAGUCCAACGAUUUCAUAGGUGGUGUGUCCCUGGGCAUCAGUGCAAACGGGGAGAGGCUCAAACACUGGUUCGACUGUCUCAAAAACAAGGACAAGAAAAUUGAGCGAUGGCACACACUGACCAACGAACUUCCUGGUACAACAUUCAAUGACUAAUGGCCCCUCCCCACGACCUACUGUGGACAGGAGUUCAGCCUUGAUCGACUAAUACACACUCCAGCUUUCCCGUUUCCAGAGACGUUUAACAAAUCAAAGCUCUUCUUUUCUGUAUUUCUAUCCUAAGGUUUUGGUCUCAUCCGUUAUCUUCUAUCCCUUUCUGAUGAUAAUGUGCUGUGUCUUUAGGGCUUUGCUGCACAGAACUAGAAUGAGAUGAGAAUCUAUUUCUGUGGUUUGCUGUCCGGCAAUGCAUAUUCACUGGGUUUACUGGCAGCAGAUUGUGGGGAGUGUGCACUUUGUUGAAAUGAAAGGAGAAAAGGGUGGAUUAUUCACUUCAAACACUUCUCUAAAAAGUACAUGUAUUGUUUAAAGUCUAGCAUGCAGCUCCACACACCUCUGCUGUUCCUCUGAAGUUCAUGUUUGCCAGAGAAAGGGGGCUAAAGACCCAAGUAAUGUGUUUUAUAGAGAGCCUACUUUCAGGUCAUUGUGAUGAAGGGUUUGGGCUGUGAUGAAGGGUUUGGGCUAAGGGAGGGAAAUGUGGAAGGGGAGGGGGCAAGGCAUUUUAAUAUGCUCGCUCUAAGUACUGUAUCUCGUUGCUUAUGUGUUUCAGUUGUUUUUUAAGUAGUGUAAAAUGUACGCCACCCCAGUCAGUAUAUCAGAUGAAUGUAGGGUGCUGUGUGUUAUUGAACUAGUUCAUACAUAAAAAUCAAGGUCUGAUAAAUAUCACAGUUGCGUUGGAUAGCAUGGGAGGAAGAGAAUUGAACUUCUGCAGCCUAAUGGCAAAUGUUUUUAUGACGUUGCCUGAGGCAGAAUAUUACCAUUAAUCUAUAUUUUUACAUUUCCUCAUUGGCUGUUUAAUUAUUAAUGAUGAGAAGGCAAUAUGGCUCAACUCAUUUCAUGCUUAUAUUUUGAAAUCAAAGUCGUUUUUGAUAUUAAUUAAUCAUUUUAUGUUCACCUUUUUAUUGUUGCCCUAAAAUGUAUGUUUGUGUGCGCGUGCAUAUUUGUGCUGUAUGUGUGUCUGAACGCGACCGAGAAUUGUCCUUUUAAUUGUGAAAUAUUAAACUGGCCAAUUCUUACACAAUAGGUAAUAACUGUACAUGUAUUGCUAGUGUUUUCCGCUGCAUAACAGCUAACAACCAGUGGUGGAAAAAGUACCCAAUUGUCAUACUUGAGUAAAAGUAAAGAUACCAUAAUACAAAAUGACUCAAGUAAAAUGGAAGUCAUCCAAUAAAAUCCUACUUGAGUAAAAGUCUAAAAGUAUUCGAUUUUAUAAAUAUACUUAAGUAUGAAAAGUAAAAGUAGAAAUCAUUUCAAAUUCCUUAUAUUAAGUAAACCACACAGCACGAUUUUCUUGUUUUUUAAAUGUACAGAUAGCCAGCCACUCCAACACUCAGACAUAAUUUACAAACAAAGCAUUUGUGUUUAGUGGGUUUACCAGAUCAGAUGAAGUAGGGAUGACCAGGUGUCAGGGGAAAAGUACAUUUAUUUUCUUUUGGAAAGUAGUGGAAAAAUAUAAAUAGUAAAAUAAAGUACAGAUACCCCCAAAAAAAUACUUAAGUAGUACUUUAAAGUAUUUUUACUUAUUAAGUACUUUACACCUCUGAUAACAACUAUGACAUUACAUGAUUAUAAGUUGUUUAAUUUUGUGUUAUAAUUUUAUUUUCCCCAUAGUGUUGUUUUGUCAAAGCUUAUGUCUUACUUGAAAAAUGUAAAGACAUGUCCCAUUUCAUUCUUAAAAAUGCUGUGAGCUUAAUUUCAAGAAAAACCUCCCAAGGGGUAUAUUUUCCAUCUUCAUUGACAAACCCACUUCUUGUUACUACUUCAUGUUCAAAGUUUAGUCAAGACGCUGUAAAAUAUUGCACUUGUCAAUCUGAGCGUUACGGUCUCUCUGGCCUGGUGUGGACUAACCUCACGUUGCAGGAGUAAAAUAAACACCUGAAACUCGAUCCCCUACAUACGGGCCUUGACGAGAAGAAAACUUCUGCACUGUUCAACCAAUCCAGUAGAUGUGGAGGAGUUCAGAUGGAGUGGUUCCCUGUUAACAUCCUAAAGUGGAAGUCUCUCUUUCCAUUUCCAUCUGGUUGUUGGGCACUCGGCAGAGGCUAUGUGUGGACAGUGAUUUGUGAAAUGCUAACUCUCAUUGGCUAUGUGGCAGUGCUGGCAGUCCAAUAUUCACCCCCUCUACAGUACCAACGAGAAGUUGUUUUGGACACCAAGGUCCAACCCAAUCUAUUCCUCAAUUCUACAGGGCGUCAGGCAGGCAAUCAAGGUGGUCGCUUUCUUGAAUGCAUAUACAGUCGCAACAGUUAACUUGUGACAUUUUUUAAAAAUCUGUUUGCCUUUGUACAAAACAAAAGGAUAUUAUAACAAAAAUGCAUGCAAAUGUGAUUGGUAAGUCAGGAAAUGACUGCUUAAUGAUACUGCUGUUUUUUCUUUGGGGAAAAAAAUAACUGCUACAAGAAUGUCAAUCUUUCUUCUGGACAACGUUUUGUACCUUUGAACACUAUUGUAUUGCCUGCGAGGCUGCUGUAUUGAUUGUCUGGGAAUGUGACCGCAUGUGAAGAGAAAUCUCUCCCUCUCUGUUUGUUCAUUUUGUUUACACUCAGGUGGUUGUUUGCAUAAUUCUGUUGGUCCUAUGGUAAAAAAAUAUAUAUAUAAAUAUUUUCUCCUAUUUCAUCUUACUUUUGCACCGAA